CGGGAAUCCACAUCUCCGAAUCCUUGGUCUGGUGCUCCUUCCUUCAGCCUGGGCUGCUUGGCCCAGCCCCAUCCCAGGGUGCAGAACCCGCUGUGGGUGCUCUGGACAUAAGACCAGCUCAGAGCAAGGUCCAGGUUACAGUGGGCGGAGCCUGCAGGCCGCCCACCCUGACACCCCUGCCCCGGGAGGAAGCUCCCCAGAGUAAACACAGCCUAACCACCCGCCCAGCGGAGUCUGUCACAUUCUACACCAACCGAUUCCCCGUCUUCUAGGCUCUCUCCCUCUGCGGCAGGCGGCCUUCCAGAGUUUGAACAUGCUUCACCCCCAGGGGAGCUGCGUGUGGGGAUUUCUCACUUCUGCCUUCUUUCUCCUGGGCUGCUGGGGACGCUCCGAUUUCCAGCAGCGGUUUCUUCAGGCUUUGAAGCCGGAGGACGUGACUUCCUACUUUGGCCCUGAUGGUUCCCUGAAAGGACGUCCUCCUUCCCCUCGACUCCGCAGACAGGCUGCGGGAAGCGUCCUGCAUCUGGAGCUGCUGGUGGCCGUGGGCCCCGACGUCUACCAGGCCCACCAGGAGGACACGGAGCGCUAUGUGCUCACCAAUCUUAACAUGGGGUCGGAACUGCUGAGGGACCCAUCCCUGGGGGCUCAGUUCCGAGUGCAUCUGGUGAAGAUGGUCAUCCUGACCCAGCCCGAGAAUGCCCCGAGUAUCACGGCCAACAUCACUGCAUCACUGCUAAGCGUCUGUGAGUGGAGCAGGACAGUCAACCCCCAGGAUGACAUGGAUCCCGGGCAUGCCGACCUGGUCCUCUACAUCACCAGGUUUGACCUGGAGUUGCCUGAUGGUAACCGGCAGGUUCGGGGGGUCACCCAGCUGGGGGGUGCCUGCUCCUCUUUCUGGAGCUGCCUCAUCACUGAGGAUACUGGCUUCGAUCUGGGGGUCACCAUCGCCCAUGAGAUUGGGCACAGCUUCGGCCUGGAGCACGACGGCGCGCCGGGCAGCGGCUGCGGACCCAGCGGGCACGUGAUGGCGUCCGACGGCGCGCCUGUCCGCGGGGGUCUCGCGUGGUCCGCCUGCAGCCGCCGGCAGCUGCUGCACCUGCUCGGCGCAGGGCGGGCGCGUUGUGUGCGGGACCCGCCGGGGCCGCAGUCCGAUCCCGCGGGGCGUCCUCCCGAGGCACACCCGGGCCUCCGCUACGGCGCCGACGAGCAGUGCCGCGUCGCCUUUGGCCCUGCAGCAGUCGCCUGCACUUUCACCAGGGGGCACCUCGACAUGUGCCAGGCUCUCUCCUGCCACACAGACCCUCUGGACCAAAGCAGCUGUAGCCGCCUCCUCAUUCCUCUGCUGGACGGGACGGAGUGUGGCGUGGAGAAGUGGUGUUCCAAGGGUCGCUGCCGCUCCCUGGAGGAGCUGGCCCCUGUGGGGGCAGUACACGGGCACUGGUCCAGCUGGGGCUCCCCCAGUGCCUGCUCCCGCUCCUGCGGAGGGGGUGUGGUCACCAGGAGGCGGCAGUGCAACAACCCCAGACCUGCCUUUGGGGGGCGUGCGUGCACAGGUGCUGAUCUCCAGGCUGAAAUGUGCAACGCCCAGGCCUGCGAGAGGACCCAGCUGGAGUUCAUGUCAGAGCAGUGCGCCCAGACCAACCAGAAGCCGCUGCAGCUCUCCCCAGGCAGCACCCCCUUCUACCGCUGGGGCGCCGCUGUGCAAUACAGCCAAGGGGACGCUCUGUGCCGACACAUGUGCUGGGCCAUCGGCGAGAGCUUCAUUGUGAGGCGUGGGGACAGGUUCCUGGACGGGACCCGGUGUGUGCCAAGUGGCCGGCGGGAGGACGGGGCCCUGAGCCUGUGUGUGUCGGGCAGAUGCAGGACAUUCGGCUGUGAUGGCAGGAUGGACUCCCAGCAGGUGCGGGACGUGUGCCAUGUGUGUGGAGGGGACAACAGCACGUGCAACCUCCAGAAAGGCUCGUUCACAGGCGGAAGGGCCAGAGAGUAUGUCACCUUCCUGACAGUCACCCCCAACCUGACCAGUAUAUACGUCAUCAACCAGAGGCCUCUGUUCACGCACUUGGCGGUGAGGAUCCGAGGGCGCUACGUUGUGGCUGGGACUUCGAGCAUCUCCCCCAGCACCACCUAUCCCUCCACCCUGGAGGACAGCCGCGUGGAGUACAAAGUGGCCCUUGCUGAAGAUGGGCUGCCCCGCCUGGAGGAGAUCCGCAUCCAGGGCCCCACCCGGGAAGACAUGGAUCUCCAGGUUUACAGGCGCUAUGGCGAGGAGUACGGGGACCUCACCCACCCAGACAUCACCUUCACCUACUUCCAGCCUAAGCAGCAGCAGGCCUGGGCGUGGGCCGCUGUGCGGAGGUCCUGCUCAGUGAGCUGUGGGUCAGGACUGCGCUGGGUGACCUACAGCUGUCUGGACCGGGCCAGGAACCAGUGGGUGGAGGCUGCCCAGUGCAGAGGGCACCCACAGCCUGCAGCCUGGCAGGAGUCCUGCGUCCGCGAGCCCUGCCCUGCCUACUGGGCGGCUGGAGACUUUGGCCAGUGCAGCGCCUCAUGUGGGGGUGGCCUGCGGGAGCGGGAGGUGCGCUGCAUGGAGGCCCGGGGCGGCCUCGUGAGGACGCUGCCCCCGGCCCGGUGCAGGGCCCUGGCCCAGCAGCCAGCCGAGGUGGAAACCUGCAGCUCCCAGCCCUGCCCUGGCAGGCAGGAGGGGUCAGGUGCGUGCUCAUCCGCCUGUGGAGCAGACCUGGCCGCACAGAAUGUGACAUGCGUGCAGAGGGCAGAUGGCCUGGAGGCACCAGUGACUGCGGCGCCCUGCUCCACAGAUGGCAGGCUGCCUGCUCUCGAGCCCUGUGUGGCUGUGGCCUGUGCCCUGGGCUGGGGCCAUCUGGACCCCCAGUCUCCAGGGGAGGGGGCUGCACCCCCCUUAGACAGUACCAGCCUGGGGGCUCGUGUGAUGCACGUGUGGACUGCCCUGGCGGGGCCGUGCUCUGUCUCCUGUGGUCGAGGUCUGAUGGAGCUGCAUUUUGCGUGCAUGGACUCCGCCCUCAGGACUCCCGUUCAGGAAGAGCUGUGUGACCAGGCAAGCAAGCCUGGAAGCCGGCAGGAGGUCUGCCAGGCUGCCCCAUGCCCAGCUCGGUGGGAGACCCGAGCCUUGGCACCAUGCCCAGUGACUUGUGGAGGGGGUCAGGUGCCACUGGCUGUUCGCUGCGUGAGGCAGGACCGUGGCCGCCCCAUCCCCCUGCCUCACUCCAAGUGCUGGCCACUGCCCCGGCCCGGCCCCUUUGAGGACUGCAGCCUGGAGCCCUGCCCUGCCAGGUGGCAGUACAAGCUGGCGGCCUGCAGCGUGAGCUGUGGGGGAGGGGUCGUGCAGAGGAUCCUGUACUGUGCCCGGGCCCACGGGGUGGACGGAGACGAGGAGAUACUGCCAGAUACUCGGUGCCAGGGGCUGCCUCGCCCUCAGCAGCAGGAGGCCUGCAGCCCGGAGCCCUGCCCACCCAGGUGGAAAAUCACGUCCCUUGGUCCAUGCUCAGCCAGCUGUGGCCUCGGCACUGCCACACGUUCUGUGGCCUGUGUGCAGCUCGACCGAGGCCAGGAUACAGAGGUGGACGGGGCGGCCUGUGCAGCUCUGGCACGGCCACAGGCCAGCAUCCCUUGUGUCAUUGCUGACUGCACCUACCGGUGGCAUGUCAGCACCUGGACACAGUGCUCUGCCUCCUGCGGGGAUGGCAUCCAGCGCCGGCAUGAUGCCUGCCUUGGACCCCAGGCCCAGGUGCCUGUGCCAGCCGACUUCUGCCAGCACUUGCCCAAGCCAGCGACAGUGCGGGGCUGCUGGGCUGGACCCUGUGCUGGGCAGGGGACCCCCAGCCCAGUGCCCCGAGAGGAAGCCACUGCUCCAGGCCAGACCACAGCUGCCCCUGCUGGUGCUUCCCUGGCAUGGCCCCAGCCCUGGGCCCACAGCCUGUCCCCAGCUCCCCGGCUACAGGGACUCCUGCCUGGGCCCCAAGAAAGUGCAGCUGAGCUCAGUGCGUGUGGCCAGCAGCACCUUGAGCCAACAGGAACCAUUGACAUGCGAGGCCCAGGGCAGGCUGACUGUGCAGUGGCCAUUGGGCGGCCCCUGGGCGAGGUCGUGACCCUCCAGGUCCUUGAUAGUUCCCUCAAUUGCAGCGCUGGGGAGAUGCUGCUGCUUUGGGGCAGGCUCACGUGGAGGAAGACGUGCAGGAGGCUGACCCGCAUGACUUUCAGCUCCAAAGCCAACACGCUAGUGGUGAGGCAGCGCCGCCUGCUGCCGGGCGGCGGCGUUGUGCUGCGGUACAGGAGCCAGCCUGCCCCAGGACCUUCCCACAGAGAAUGUGAUGUGCAGCUGUUUGGACCUCGGGGUGAAAUCACGAGCCCCUCAAUGAGUCCAGGCAGGAGGAGCACGGGGGGCUGCCGUGUCUUCAUCAAUGUGGCUCCAAGGGCCCGGAUCGCCAUCCAUGCCUUGGCUACCAACAUGAGCAUGGGAAAUGAUGCCGCCUAUAUCCUGAUCCGGGACAUCCACAGCCUGAGGACCACAACAUUCCGUGGACAGCAGGCGCUCUACUGGGAGUCAGAGGGUAGCCAGGCUGAGAUGGAGUUUAGCCAGGGCUUCCUGGAGGCUCAUUCCAGACUGCGGGGCCAGUACUGGACCCUCGGAUCUGGAACGCCCGAGCCGGGCUGGGCCCUGCCCUAGCUCCCUCUCCAAGCCCUUGUCUCCCUCCGCCCUGGAAGGCGGAGGAGGGAACCUGACCUUUACGAGCGCCUCUUGGGUGCCCGGGCAGCCCCCGAGAGCUGACUCUGGUCUCAGUACUUUCCAAUUUGAAUUCCUUCCGAUCCUAAGUAUGUCCUUUAGGGCCUCUCCAGCAUGCGUAAGGCCGGGCGGGGGUAGGCGAGGCCCCCGGAAAGGCAGCCCCCAGGCCCUCUGUACGA